GUGCUUUCACGUUCGAAAACUAGGAACAUACACCAUCUUCCCUUCUUCAACUGCCUUUCAACUUGUAUUUAAUUAUUUCUUUCUCUUUCUAAUGUUCAGAUCCCUCUGUAUGCCUUAACGCUUAAGGUUCUUGUUUCAUUUUCAUUCACUAACGAACAUGAAGAGGACUUUCAUGCACGAAAACCCAAGGGACAUAUAGAAAGAAAGCGUUGGUGGUUGUUUAAUACGUUAUUGCCGUAACAAAACCCUAGGGACAGAUUCUUCAACAAAUCAAUUACCAAAUGGAAGAAUAUUCAAAAGGAAACCUAGAGGUAGAGGAUUCCCAGAAUGUACAAGUGCAUGAAGAAGAAAACAAGGACGAAUUUGGUGUAGUAAAUGGUGGGGAAGAUGAUUCCAGUUCAAGUAGUAGCAGUUCGGACAAGGAGGAUAAUUCAGAGGAGAAACUGGUUUCUGAGUCAGUUGAGGAGAAAGUGGUUUCUGAGUCAGUUGGGGUUUCUUUGACUGAAGAUACCGAGCCAUCAGUUGAGAAAUUGGGAGACUCUGAUGUUGCUGAAUUGGAUGAUAAAGAAACAGAAGAGAACGUUUCACCAUCUCUAGAGUUAGACCACACUAAUGCUAAAGAAACAGAGGAGUUGUCUGCUGCUGAUACCACUGUAGUGUCCGAACUCUCAACAGAUGUGGAAUCAAAGGAAACGGGACAGGAUGAUACUAAUGACUCCACGGUUGGCGGAGCUGUUGUUGUUGCAGACCAAGGAAUCACGGACGAUAAUGGUGGGAAUCCAUCAGGUUCCCCUGAAUUGUCUUCUAACCAAAAUGUUGAAGAUUCAUUGGAAGCAGCAAAUGUUCCUCCCGUUGAGACCAGAGAUGCUGGUGAAGUUGAAGACAAGCCUGUCAUGCAUGAAAGCAUAGAAAAUCAGACUAUUCUAUCUGUGGGUAAUCGUUCGGUGCAGCCAACUUCUUGGAAGAGUUGCUGUGGACUUUUUGAAGUUCUAAGGCGCUCUGACAGAUAAAUUCAAGUUUGGGGAAAAAACUUAAGCAGAAUCUCAAGUUCUUGGUGGAGUUUAUAGGUUGUUAUGAUGUGUUUUAUUUUAAUUUUUCUCCAGCAUUUUCUGCAAAAAUAAUGGGUGAGAAGAUAAGUGAAGUUGGUUUGGGAAUGAAAUUAGGGUUUUCUUCGUUGGGAUGUGCGAUUGCCAUACGUGGAGUGUUUGAAUUUGUUACAAUAAUAUAUGUGAUGAUACAGUGAUUUCAAUUUCAUUUCUUGGGUUUUUCCUUCUAGAA